AUGAAUAUCUUCAGGCUAUUAGGCGAUUUCUCCCAUCUGGCUUCGAUCUUCAUGCUUCUGCAGAAGAUGAAGACAUCGAGCAGUUGCUCGGGGUUGUCCUUCAAAUCACAGGUGCUCUACCUCUUGGUCUUUGUUACUCGCUAUCUAGACCUCUUCUGGACACUCACCGAUUCUUUGUACCUCACUACCUUCAAGCUCCUGUUCAUCGGCUCCUCGGCCUACGUCAUCUACCUUAUGCUCAACGACUACAAACCUACACAUGAUCCCAAUCUCGAUACUUUUAAAGUUCAAUACCUCCUUGGAAUUAGCGCACUGCUUGCGAUCCUCUUCCCACGCGAAUAUCGUUUCGCCGAGGUUAGUAUCGACCUUAUGCGCAACUACUGUUUCGCUUGCCAAGCUGGGAUAGUCGAAUUGACAGCUAUACAGAUUCUUUGGACCUUUUCAAUUUGGUUGGAGUCAGUGGCCAUUCUGCCUCAACUCUUUAUGCUCCAGCGAACUGGCGAGGCGGAUACAAUUACCACCCACUAUCUGUUUGCCCUGGGAAUCUAUAGGGCACUUUAUAUUCCAAACUGGAUGUUCCGCUACUUCACCGAAGUCUCAUUCCAGCGUUCCUUCCAUCCUACGCCGAUCAUCGCUGGGAUCAUCCAGACCCUUCUCUAUUCGGACUUCUUCUACAUUUACUACAAUAAGGUUCUGAAGGGCAAGAAGUUCUCACUCCCUGUUUAA